AUGGCUCCACAAGCAUGCGUCACUCCUCUGCGUUCGCUUAGCGCAGAUGCCGGGUGCGGUGACGACAGGCGCUCAAGCCGCGGCCCCCGUACACAGCAUCACCCUCACCAUCACCAUGUCCACAUGGACUCGCUCUACCUGCAUUCAGGCUACUCCCGGCCCCUCCGCCCCAACGUCCAUGACCGCGAAUCGCGACCGUCCAUUCGUGUAAGCGCAGACGCGGACUCUGGCAGCAGAAGAGCGCACCUUCACAAGCACAAGUCACACCGGCACCACCGCCACUAUGACGAUGAGCACCGCCGCCAUAGCUCAACGCGGCACCAUGCCAAAGAAGUUGUGCAGUCUGCACUGCAGCCACCGACGAGCUUCGGCGAUCUCUUGAAGCAGGCGAGAGGCAGCAAGGACAACUCGCCGAGCCACAGUCGUAGUCGCAGUCGGCGCAGAAGCCCAUCCAGGAGAGAAGAUGGGGCGCAACAGAGGACACGAGACGGUGCGGAUCUUACCAUACCACCGCCACGACCACUGCGUCCCGAAAAGGUGGAGCGAGAAGCUAAGAGAGUCGAAGCCAGGGAACGAGACCUCCGCACCGUACUGCAAUCCCUCUCCGAUCAGUCGCUGAAGACAUCACGUCGGCUGGACGAUACCUACUAUUCGAUCCUCGAAAAGGCCUCGACCUUGCGACAAACCAUCGGCACACUGCAGGAGCUCUCCAGCUUGACGAAAGAGCUACACGGGAACUUUGAGACUGAUGCACAGGAGUUGCUUGACGACGUGCAGGGCCAGUUCGAGAGCUCAAAUGGCUUUGAUACGCAGCAGAAGCAACUUGCUGCUCUGGAGGAGAGGAUCAGAGUGGGCAAAGACAAAGCAGACAACUUGACAACACGGCUCACGGCAGCGAAGGAGCGUGUUGAUGCGAGAGCGAAGAGCGAGGCUCAGUGGGAAGCCGAUACAAACCGCUGGUGGCAGUACUUUGGCGGCAUAGUGAUUUCCAUCAUCUCGCUCAUCUUGUUGCUGGUAGUCUUCCACCAUCUCAAACCUACUCACGUCGACAUGAAUCCCAAGCCUACGCUCGACUCCACGAUAGAGGCUAAGAUCCGGGCAGCUCCCAUACCAGAUAUGGCGAAGAGAGACAUUUUAGAGUUGGCGACAUCAGUACCAACCGUUCAGCUGAAGACAUCACCUGUUCGACGACUUGCCGAAGCUGAUGAUCAGCUGUUUCGUGCGUUUGAUGAGCUGUAA